CUGGUAAUAUUUUCUUUGUGUGUAGUUCCUUACAGCACUUUUUCAGCAGUGUUUGAGAUACAGUCGUCGUUCGCUAACUGCAACAUGUUUACAUUGCAGUUAUCGAAUGCCGUUCGAUAACUGCAACACUUGACACAUGCCGAAAUUUAGAGGGGGGUCCGUCACUACAAUUUUUGUUUUCAAUGAUGUCGAAAUGUAUUUUUUUUUGAAGAAGUACAUAGUAGCAAAAAUAGCAGAAAACUAAAAUAGUAACUACUUUACAUAACCAAUAUGUAGGCGAAGAUAAAGUUUAUCACUACAGAAGACCAUUUUACGAGACGUUUCUGAACUCAAUUCAUGAAUGAAAUUUUGACAGGAAGCUCGGAACCGCUUACAUAACGCAAGUAAAAGCAACAUGAAUGUCAGCAGGAUCCGUGACGUGAAAGCUAGCCAAACAAUGCACAAGGAUUUUUUUUCUCUUAUAAUAAUUACGGUUUAAAUAAUGCCUGUUCCGUUCAUGAAUGGUACGGUAAUUUUUUGGGAGAGCUGACGCGUUUUAAAAUGACCUCUGUAUGUGGUCAUAUUAUGGGAUUGGAAUUUGCAGGAAAAUUCAACUCGUGGGACAAGGUUGAUCCAGCUGAAUUGUUUACAUGUACUGUGGAAAAAAAAGAAUCGUCACCAAAUCUUCGAAUGCAAGCAUUCCUUAGUCAAGAAGCCAAAGAAUGUAAUUAUUUAAUUUUGUGGCUUGACUGUGAUAAGGAGGGUGAAAAUAUUUGUUUCGAAGUUAUGACCGCAGUUUCAGGAAACAUUCGAAAUGUAUUUUCGGAUGCGGUAACGUUUCGCGCCAAGUUUUCAGCUAUUACAGAAAAAGAUAUUAAGCAUGCGAUGAAAAAUCUUACUCACCCUAACAAAAAUGAAGCGAAAUCGGUAGACGCUAGACAAGAGCUAGAUCUUAGAAUUGGAUGUGCUUUUACAAGAUUCCAAACAAAAUUUUUUCAAGGAAAGUAUGCCGACCUAGAUGCAUCACUUAUAUCAUAUGGACCAUGUCAGACACCAACUCUAGGAUUUUGUGUUCAGCGGCAUGACGAUAUCCAAACGUUUAAAUUGGAGAGUUAUUGGUUUAUUCAAGUGCUACUUGGUGGCACACCAGAGGUGAAACUAGAUUGGUCAAGAGUUAGAAUAUUUGAAAAAGAUGUAGCAGUCAUGCUUUUUAAUAAAGUUAAAGAACACAAGGAAGCUUUGGUGGAUAGUAUUACUUUUAAGGAUAUGUACCGUAGCCGCCCACAAGCACUGAAUACUGUGGAAUUGAUGAGAGCUGCCAGCGCAAAACUUAACAUUGGACCACAUUCCACCAUGCAAAUUGCUGAGAAACUUUAUACACGGGGUUACAUAAGUUACCCUCGCACGGAAACAACACAGUAUCCUGCUAAUUUUGAUUUAAGGGAAGUUAUUAGGAUGUUGCAACCUUCAGCUGAUUUCGGUGAGGAGGCUUGCGCGAUUCUUCAAGACAUGAACUGCCCGCGAAAAGGUAACGACGUUGGUGAUCAUCCACCAAUCACACCAAUGAAAUUAGCAUCCCGAAACGAUUUUGAUGGUGACACGUGGCGAGUAUACGAUUAUAUUUGCCGUCAUUUUCUUGGAACAAUUUCACGCGAUCUCAAGUAUCGCUCAACAAUUGCAACAUUUACAAUAGGCGAAGAACGUUUUACGAGUCAUUCAGAUGUCUUAAUUGAGCCUGGUUAUACAAAAGUAAUAACAGGGUAUGUGUUUAAUCAAAGCGAAAAAAAUGUGUCGUUUUCUGCCAAUGAAAAAGUAAUUAUAAAGGAUGUACGACUCGUUGAGAAUCAAACUAGUCCACCUGACUAUUUAACUGAAUCGGAGCUCAUAUCACUGAUGGAAAAGCACGGGAUUGGAACAGACGCUUCCAUUCCGGUUCACAUAAACAAUAUUUGCCAGAGAAACUAUGUAACUGUGGGUGCGGGACGCACUUUAAUUCCGACUAAUCUAGGAAUCGUAUUGGUACAUGGUUACCAAAAGAUAGAUCCAGAGCUGAUUCUUCCUUCAAUGCGAUCUGCUGUUGAACAACAAUUAAAUUUAAUCGCCCUGGGAUCGGCUGAUUACUUUUCAGUAUUAAAACAUGCUGUCGAAAUAUUUCAACUUAAGUUUUUAUAUUUUGUUCAAAACAUUAGUAGCAUGGAUAUUCUGUUUGAAGCAACGUUUUCCUCCUUAUGUUCCGCAGGAAAAUCUCUUUCUCGUUGCGGAAAAUGUCGACGAUAUAUGAAAUACAUACAAUCCAAACCUGCGAGGCUGCAUUGCUCACAAUGUGACGAAACAUACACAAUGCCGACAAAAGGAACAAUACGUGUAUAUAAAGAGCUUAAAUGCCCUUUGGAUGAUUUUGAGCUACUUGCUUGGUCUAGCGGAGCCAAGGGCAAAUCAUUUUCGUUGUGCCCAUACUGUUACAACCAUUCACCUUUCAGAGGCAUGGCUAAAAACUCAGGGUGUAAUAAUUGCCCCCAUCCGUCUUGCACACAUUCUUACUUAAAUCUGGGCGUAUCCAGUUGCAUCGAAUGUGAACAAGGUAUUCUCGUAAUGGAUUGCACUUUGUCCCCAAAAAGUUGGAAACUAGUUUGCAAUUUUUGCGAUGUCAUCAUUAAUUGCUUCGACGAUGCAUUUAAAGUGAAUGUUGAAGCUGAUUCCUGUGAAGAGUGUGGCGCGCAAUUAAUCACUGUUUUAUACAAGUCUGAUAAAACGCCAUUUAAGAAUGAUGUAACUGAAAUGAAAGGCUGUAUAUUUUGUUUUAUAGAUUUUUUUCCAAUGAUUGAAAAGCAUAAAGCUGUUGAAGUACGCCGUAGUCAAGGUGAGCGGUAUCGCGGUCGCAGUGUUCGAGGAGGAACCAAGAGUGGCAAAGUUCGCUACAAGCCACCCAAAGAUAAAAUGGCGAAGCUGGCGGCCUAUUUUGUGUAAUAAGUUAUAAAUAAUUAAUAUUUUUCAUUAAUUAGGCGUUUAGCAUCGAAACUGUCCUUUGCCAAAGGUAAUCAAACAAUUACAAUAUAUUAAUUUCCAGUACAUUUCGGGAGCAGGAUGCUUUGUUUGUACACAAGACCUUAGUUUCGAGACAGCAGUAGAAGCUAGAUCAAUUUUCACAGCUUUGUUGAUACAAAGGAAAGAACAAAAUAAACUAAGUUGAACGUCA